CACAUUUCGAUCGUUCUGCACAUCGUCCGCUCGGAUUAGUCAAGCAGGCCUAUUCCGCUUAUGUUACCAUGUCACCAAAUUCGAGACCACGCAAGUGGCAUUUGACCGCAUAUUUUACCUACGCGGACCUCCAGCAACUGCCAAGCAUCGAUGACGAUCCAACGCUGCGUUCUAUUUCCAUUCCUCCCGGUGUUUACCGCAGCGGAAAGGCACGCUCGCGAAAUUCCGACCUGGGCGUAGAUAUGGCCUCAAGUUCCUCAUUUGUGUCAUCUGCCACAUCGUCACCGACAUCAACUCCUCGCAUGACGGGCGCAUCUCCUCCCACGGUGGCCACUAACAGUCAUUCCCAGGCGCAGUCGGGACUCCCAGCGCGAUCUCCUACGUUACCACCCCUGCACACAGCUGUUAGCGGUAUCGAAACAGUUCCUAGCCCUGCUAGUCCGAAUAGAGAGUCGAGAUGGUCUGAAGAUCAGAGAGUCAUCCAGAUGCUUAAUUCUCGCCAUAUACGCUGACACAUUGGGAACUCUGUCAUAAUUGCACAAUUGUUGAAGGGGCGCAACUGGGCAAUUUAUCUUCAUUUCAGGGAGAUCGUGAUACAAAAAAUGCUUCCGUGUUAAUUGAGGUUGACAAGCCGUUUCAGCCACGUAAUGUAUCUCCGUAGGCCAUCUCAGCCAUGGUUUUCUUUGUAUGCAAUGCAAUGGCCUGAAGGAGGGCCCAGUAUAGCAAGAACGAGAAGAAUGGGAAGAAUAAGUUGACAAGAGGUUACGACUCCUCGUCCGAAGAGUUGUCGUUGGUCUCUGCAUUCUCCUGGGCGCGCAUCGCUCCGAUAAUGUCGUCCGUAUCACCCUUCUGAGCGGCUAAACGUUGCCGAAUAAGGGUGUGAAUCGCUUCCUGUGUUUUCCUCUCUAAUUUUGCCAUCUUACGGUCGAGUUCUCGCUUGAGGUCCCAGUUUGGGCGCUUCGGCGCAAUGUUUGUUAAAUCGAGGUCUUGUGCACGUGUCUCUUCGUCCUCAGCAACGAUUUGGUCAGCCAGGCCGGCAACAUCCCUUUCGACUGUAUCCUCCAUGUUUUCAUCGUCAUCUUGCGUCCUCUUCCUCAACGUACGAGACUGCGGAUCAAAAUUACGCCUUGAGAGGAUAGGUUCCGAACUAUGUUGGCCCUCCCCGUUCACGCCCUCUUUCUUUCUUCGCAGAGCCAAUAGCCGGAGUUUUCGGGCGUCCGCUUCUUCAGCAAGAGACAUAUUCAAAUGUUGAGUGAGCAAGGGGCGUGCCAAGGAAAGCUUGAAGCUGUGGAAGCCGCUGUGGGCGAGGACGUUGGACACGUUUGUCACGUGACAAUUUGCAAGCGUCCCGGUACCGAAGUUGCUGUUUACUCUUGCCCUCCAUGUACACUGUUCCGUAACUUCCAUUCCAUACGGGACUAUUUUCCGUGAGAUAGCCCUGCACAAUUGCUAUGCACGUUUUACGCUUCACACGGUGGACUCCUUUGCCAUGCUCCGGGCGGACUGCGCUUUCGGCCUCUCUUUUACAUAGGUUCAUUUCGACGCCUACAACGGUUACCCCGCUUGAGAAAGACGGAUUGGACAUGGCCGAUUACCCCGCGCGUCUGAUACGCAAUUUCUCGAUCAUUGCGCACAUCGGUAUCAUCGGGAUUCUAUAUUCAUGUCCUCCUCUUGCUAAUUAAAAGUACAUGAAGAUCACGGCAAAUCCACGCUUGCGGACAGGCUCCUCGAGCUGACUGGGACCAUAAACGUAAACGGAACUAACAAGCAAGUCCUAGAUAAGCUCAAGGUUGAACGUGAACGAGGUAUAACAGGUAAAUCUGCAGACACUCCGAACAGUAUGAUAUACUCGCUUCGCGGACAAAAAUUUCUUCUAAAUUUGAUUGACACACCUGGCCACGUUGAUUUUGCUUGGGAGGUAUCACGUUCUCUGGCCGCGUGCCAAGGUGCCUUGCUAUUAGUUGAUGCGAGUCAAGGAGUCCAAGCACAGACUAUAUCCGUGUUUCACGUUGCAAAGGAGAGUGGUAUUAAGAUCAUCCCGGUCUUGAACAAGAUAGACCUGCCUGCUGCACGUCCCGAACAGGUGGCAGCAGAGAUGGAGAUGACUUUCGGCAUCAAGCCUUCUGAGAUAUUGCGUGUAUCUGCGAAAAAGGGAACGGGUACCGUGUCUGUUCUAGAAGCAAUUGUCGAACGUAUACCUCCUCCCAAAGGCAAUAUUGACGGGCCGUUAGCAGCCUUCUUAUUUGAUUCUUCAUACGACCGCUAUCGGGGCGUGGUAUCUUUGGUAAAUGUAGUCUCGGGGCACUUACGGAAGGGAGACAGGAUCAGUUCGUGCUUUACGCGGAAGAAAUAUGAGGUUACUGAAGUUGGCGUUAUGCAUCCGGAGCAAGUGCGAACGGGCAUUUUGAACGCUGGACAAGUCGGCUAUUUGGCGUGCAACAUGAAAGAUUCAACAGAAGCACAUGUGGGAGAUACGUUGUAUAGAACGGGCUAUCCUGUGAAGGCGCUCCGCGGAUUUACACCAUCCAAAGCAAUGGUUUUUGCAGGUGUUUUCCCAGUCGAUUCGAAUGAUUUCCCAAAGCUUGAGGAGUCGAUAAAGCGGCUUACUCUCACAGACCGCAGUGUUACCGUUCAACGCGAGUCAUCUGCUGCUCUGGGCCAAGGCAUGCGACUCGGCUUUCUCGGAACACUUCAUAUGGAUGUGUUCAGACAGAGACUUGAAGAUGAAUAUGACGCGAACAUAAUCAUCACGGCUCCAACAGUCACGUACAAAGUGGUUUAUCGAGAUCGGACUGCGUUUGUCAGUAACCCUACGGAGUUUCCUGACGUAACGGAUGCCCGAUCCAAUGUCUUGGAAGUACAAGAGCCUAUAGUAAAUGCGUCGAUUAUUGUGCCAGAAGAGUUUUUGGGAGAAAUGAUGGACCUUUGCUAUUCGCGCCGAGCUACAGCCCUUGACCAUCGUUACCUGGACUCUUCCUCGACAUCUGCCAGAGUCUUAUUAACAUGUCAACUACCUCUCAGCGAGAUUGUUACAGAUUUCUUCUCGCUGUUGAAGAGUCGGAGCUCCGGCUACGCCAGUUUUGAUUAUGAAGAUGCUGGCUAUCAAAAGAGUGAUCUAUCGAAGAUGAUCUUCCUCCUGAAUUCGAAACCUGUGGAUGCUCUUGCUUUGAUCGUGCAUCGUUCCGCCGAACAACACGUGGGACGAGCAUGGGUGAAAAAGCUUCAUAAAGUGAUUCCAAGACAGCUUUUCGAAGUACCUAUACAGGCGGCUGUUGGGAAGAGAAUCAUUGCAAGAGAAACACUAUCGGCUAACCGCGCCGACGUGACUGCCGGGCUGUACGGAGGGCAUUACGAACGAAAAAUGAAGCAUCUCGAGAACCAAAAGGAGAGUAAACGCCGGAUGAAAAGAAUUGGCAGCGUCGAACUGCCACAGGAGGCAUUCUUCGAUAUACUCAGUACCACGCAGGGCAAAUAGACUUCAACCCAGCAUCAAUUCAUCCUUUGUAUUGGCUCCCCACGGCCACAGCGAUCGAUUAAGAAACGUGUGAUCGUGGCGCACUACUAGGGCACCCCGUUUCCGUAAUGGUAAGACCUUCCUGUCGCAAUUUUUUUCAUGUAGGCCGGGUACGGUGAAUAGUGUAUUACAACAUUAAUGUGACCUCAUCAGUUGAGUUAAGGGGGUACAAUAGUGCGCGAAUAUUUUUUAGGGUGUAUGAAUGUUCAGGGUGUCUCGUGGGAAGUGUCAGCUGCACCGCGAGAAAAGGAUGCCCUUACAGUUCUGUAUCCUCGUCAUCGUAGGUCUCCUUGAUCAAUCUAUAAACGGAAGACGGUGGAUGAUCCCCAUCAUUGGUGAUAUAAACAUCCAAAAGUUCCGGUUUGACGUAGUCGUAAUAAGGAUUGACUACAUCCGCCUUAUCCACCAGACCACCUUCUUCAAACCCGAGGACGCUACUCGGGUCGGCAAAGUCAAGGGCACCAUAUUGGUGGUACACAUUCCAAAGCGGCGUCAGCUUGAACUGGCCCGCACAAACGACUACGGGUGUACUGUGUGCACGCGCUGCAGUCGUAGCUAGCAGAGAUCCUGUAACUGCGUACAUGCCACCAUUGGCGAGAAUGGCGUGUGUACCUAGAACCACUUUGUUCACCCGCGACAUGAUCGCAUAAAUGGAUGAGUCGGGGACGAGGAUAGUUGAGAUUCCCGCAGACGACAGAGCGCGCGCCAUCUCAUGUCCACUGAAUGAGGGACACGUUUCGGCAACAAUAACAGUAAAAUUUCUAUGGUGUGCAGCGGCCUUCAGAUAGGCUUCCACUGUUUUGGAUUUACCAAUGGUGAGGAUAAUCUCGUCAGAAUGUAUGUGGUCCUUCGCGCCCUUGGACACAUUGUCAUAAACGGUCUCGAGUUCGUCCAACACGUCUUGGAUAGCUUCCAUUAGGACAGGCUUGAGGCCCUGUGCGAAUGCAUCCGGAUCGUUGGCUCCUGUGGAGUCCGCCUUACCACCUGCAAUAGAUGUCUUUUGGAUCGUAGGUUGCUUCUUGGGCUGGCCCAUGAGGACGAAGUUUGAUAUUGAGAAGCUUGACCUCGAUACAGGUUUUGCAGCGCCUUCGUAAGCAGCAUUAUAUUCUUCGCGGAUAUGAUGAAGAACCUUGCGGAUAGUGUUGCCAACAGUGAACUCUUUCGGUUGAGCCUCCACGAGUUUGUGACCCACUUCUUUGAUUCUCGCUAUAAGCUCUUCGAUAUUCGAGAAUUUGGCUCGUAGAAUGACUUGUCGUAUUACAUGUAAAGUCUCCAAAGCAGUUUCUCUAGAACCAACGAGUUGUCUUCUUCGAAGACGCCAUGCAAGGUUUUCUACUUGUCGUUGGCUUGCUGUGCUUGAUCUUUCUGAAGACAUCCUGGACGUUUG